CGCGGGCAGGUGGCACUCAGCCCCCUCUCCCGCAGGUCCCAUGGCGCUUCCAGUGGGGAAGUCGGUGCUGGUGUCGUUUACCUUCUUGGCCAUCGCCUCGUGCUGCUUCGCUGCUUACCGCCCCAGUGAGACCCUGUGCGGCGGGGAGCUGGUGGACACCCUCCAGUUUGUCUGUGGGGACCGCGGCUUCUAUUUCAGCAGACCGGCCAGCCGAGCAAGCCGCCGCAGCAGCAGCAGCCGCGGCAUCGUGGAGGAGUGCUGCUUCCGCAGCUGCGACCUGGCCCUCCUGGAGACUUACUGUGCCACCCCCGCCAAGUCCGAGAGGGACGUGUCGACUCUCCCGACCGUGCUUCCGGACAACUUCCCCAGAUACCCCGUGGGCAAGUUUUUCCACUACGGCACCUGGAUGCAGUCCGCCCAACGCCUGCGCCGGGGCCUGCCUGCCCUCCUGCGGGUUGGCCGGGGUCACAUGCUGGCCAGGGAGUUGGAAGCCUUCAGGGAGGCCAAUCGUCAGCGGCCCCUGAAUGCCCUGUCCACGCACGACCCAGCUGCCCACGGGGGUGCCUCUCCAGAGGUGUCCAGCAAUUGGAAGUGAGCCAAAUUGUAAUUCUGCGGAAUGGCCCCACCCUCCUCCUGCGUCGCUCCUCUUGACCACAGACCUUUCCAUCAGGUCCUCCUCUGAAGCCUCUCUGCGC